AGCCCAGGCCACCUUGAUAAACAAACACUUUGAGAAAAUAAAUGAAUCCUGUUUUGGGCCUCAAAAACGCAACCCAAAUAUCCAGUCCCUGUUGUUAGUCUUCCUCCCUGACUCUUUCCCCGACCGUGAACCAUGUCAACGUUCCAAGCUCCCAAGCCGAAUACAUUUAUAAUUCUCCGAAAUUCUGGAUCUGAUUUUCUACCAUCUUUUUAUCUAUCUCCUUGGAACAAAUAAACAAGUAGUCUCUUUAAAACUAGAAGUUAAACCUCUCCACCAAUCUAGAUCUUUAAAAUUCUCCUGCCAGGUUUCUGAUGAGUGUACUCCCUCUACCUCUCAGGUUUUCGUUCAACUCUUAUAGAAUUCAAAGACAACCAAAGCCCAUUUUAUUUAUCUGCCUUAAAAUUCAUUUCUGCUUUCCUAAGCUGCAAGCAACAUUGAUUGAUCAAGAUCUUUCCUGAAAGUAUUUUAUGCUCGACUUUCUGGAAUUGAAUCGAAAGUCAUGAUCUUUAUUCGUUGGUCUGUCCAAUUACCUAUCUGGGUAUGCUAAAUUUACAUAAAUCUCGAAGCCUUCCGGCUGGAUUUGCAUGAUCAUGAAUAAUUAUCCAUUUGGGUCAAAUAGUCCUAAGUCCUUCAAUGCAUACCCUAGGGGUGACUUUGAUAUAGAAUCAGGGACUAUCAAAAGAACAAGAAGAUCUAGAAAUUCACCAUUUUACCCUGGUAGAAUGAUUAAGUCCUUUGCUAACCGCCUUCAUUACUAUUACAAGCUACAUCCACUUCUUGUUUUCUUCAUUUCCUUGUCAUUUGGGGUCACAAUCCUCAUAGUUUUAUCUUUAUAUCAGCACCACUAUAGGAUGCUGAGUAAUUAUAGGAAACUUGAUGAUGGAUUCAACAAUAAUUAUCCAUUUGCCAAGCUUAAGAAUCUUGUAAUGGUUGCUGGCCAUUCUGUUUAUACAAGCAGUAGUUGUGGGAAAGUUGAUAAGGAGGAUUCUUGGUUUUUGGAGUCUUAUCAGAAGAAUCCAGGCCAGGCUGCUACUUUUUUGGGUCACAUAAAGGAAGGGAUAGAAAGUACGGCACGAGAUGAUGAGGCUUUGCUUCUGUUUAGUGGUGGAGAGACUCGGAAAGAUGCUGGUCCUCGAAGUGAGGCACAGAGUUAUUGGACAGUUGCUGAAUCCAAAGCAUGGUUUGGUAAGGAAGAAAGUGUGAAGUGGAGGGCAUUAACAGAGGAGCAUGCAAGAGAUAGCUUUGAGAAUCUUCUCUUUAGUGUUUGUCGGUUUCGAGAGCUUAGUGGGACAUACCCACACAACAUAACUGUUGUAAGUUAUGAUUUCAAGGAAGAGAGGUUUGCACACUUGCAUCGCACUGCAAUUGGGUUUCCUGAGUCUCGAUUCUUCUACAAAGGCACCCCAGCUUCAUCAACUUCGAAAGAAGCAGCUUUGAAAGGUGAGGCAUUGGUGAGGACUCAAUUUCAACAAGAUCCAUAUGGAUGUAUGGGAUCACUUAAGAGGAAAAAAGUAGGCCGUGAUCCUUUCCAUCGGUCUAUCCCAUAUCCCAAUGGAUGCCCCGAAAUUGAAGGUCUGUUUAGAUACUGUGGGACUUCUCCUUAUCAAGGUUCUCUCCCAUGGGCAUAGUACUUCUCUUGAUAUCCUAUACUUGCACCACCUAGACCUCCAAACGGACACUUGACAACAUAAUAUAAAUUCUUGUUAAAUAAAAUUUCAAUUACAAAAUUAAUAGAAAGGAGAAGAUGAAUUUUUGUCAUUUUGCUUGCUUAUGUUAUACUAUGAUGAGAUCACAUUGCUAAGCCUUUUCGUCCAAAUGGUUAGUUUUAUUUUGUUUUGUCAUCGGCCUAGGAUGUUAUUUUGCAUCAUCUCUCGAAAUCACAAACUUCUCUAGCAAAUCCAAGUAUUGGCAAAAUUAGUCCAGCAGAGGUUUUCAGAGCAUGAUCAUGAGAGAACAGAACCGUUGCACGCUAACCAACAUCAUGAUCAGACCAACGUUCCCAAGGUUCUUCCAUUUCUACAACUAAGAAGGGGAACGGUAAUCACACAAAAACCAACAAAUACAAACAGAUGAAACACUCAACUUAUUCAAAGACAAUGGCCACAAAAUGUUCUAAGUUUCACAGAGAACUGCAAGGCAGGCAUGAAAUACGAGCAGCAACUCAAAAAAAAAAAAAGAAAGGAAAAAAUCUAGGAUCACCUUGAUGGAUAUAAUCCACUUACCCGGGAAAUCCAACAGCAAGAUACCCUUCUUUCAAACUCCAAAAAGGAACGUUAUGAUGGUAAACCGAUCCCUUGGACCAUAUUUAUUACGUCAAAU